AUGGAGACUUUCUGCGAAGCAUGGGAGAGGUUCAAGGAAUAUCUGAGAGACUGCCCUCACCACGGUUACACCCAAGAAAACCUGAUGAACAUUUUGUAUGGGGGUAUCGAACAAAAGUAUCAGAUGGCGUUAGACACAGCUAGCAAAAGAGAUUUCUCCACCAACACCGCAAAUGAGGCCAAUGCACUGAUAGAGAAUCUUGCGGCAAGCAAUAGCAAUCACGGCACAGACUAUGAUCGUAUGGUGCGGGUCAAUGCUGUCGAGACUGAUGCUAUUAAGGAUCUCACAGCCAAGGUGAAUCUCCUACUAAAAAGAGAUCACCAGAACGUUAACUUGUGCGAGGAACAUGCUGGGGGAUAUGUGGAUUUUGGAGCUAAGACAUACCUUAUGGGUACAGAGGAGGUUAACUACUUAGGAGGACAUGGGAAUUUCCAGAACCGCGGCUUUAAUCAGAAUUUCCGAAACCACCCUAAUCUAUCCUACCGAAGCACUAAUGUCGAAAAUCCUCAGGAUCAGAUUUAUCCACCGCGACCUCAGCAGAACAAUUUCACGCAAGGAUUUCAAACCAAGGGGACGGGAUUUGGAGGAUCAAACUUUCAGCAAAAGCCUCAAGCAAACAAUUUUGCACAAGGCUUUCAAGCACCGCAACAACAACCAGCUACCCAGCAAGAAAGCAAACUAGAGCAGAUUAUGCAAGCUCUCAUGGAUAGUCAAAAGAAAAAUGCUGGAGAGAUCAAUGUCAAGACAGACAACCUGUAUUCGGAGUUGAAUGGGAGGAUCGAAACGUUAAACACUCACGUUAGGGUCUUAGAAAAUCAGGUGGCACAAGCUUCAGCGAGAGUCAAAGCACCUCCAGGAACACUACCAGGUAAGUCCGAGGCCAACCCAAAAGAAUUCAUGAACGCCAUUACUCUCCGAAGUGGGAAGGAGAUAGAAGGACCACCGCUGACAAAAAGGACUGAACGAUCCGAGGUAUCUGGACAGAACAAUGACCCAGUCAAAAACGCUCAACAGAACACAGAUGAUGUUGUGAGUUCCGGUGCCAAUGAAGCUGAAAAAGAGCCCGACAAAAAACUCGAGCGAACGUACACACCGAAACUUCCUUUUCCAACCCACCGUAAGACGAAGAUACAAGAACGUGAGUAUGCGAAGCUAAAAUCAGUAGUGGGUGAGCUUCAAGUCCGACUACCAUUCAUCAAAGCAGUGCGAAUGGUUCCAUCUCUCAAGAAGUAUAAGAAGGAAAUAUUGACCGAUAAACUCAGCCUGGAACAAGGAGUGAUGUAUUUUACGCAUGCGUGUAGCGCCAUGCUCCAAAACCGAAUGCCUGAAAAAUGUGGAGACCCAGGCCCUUUAACGCUACCUUGCACGAUUGGAGAGCUCAAGUUCAGUCACUGUCUAUGCGAUCUUGGAGCCAGUGUAAGUUUGAUGCCAUUAAGUGUAGCAACUAGACUUGGGUUGUACAACUUUAAGCCGACGCAAGUCACCCUUGUCCUAGCAGACCGUUCAACUAGUCGUCCAGAAGGGUUGUUGGAGAACCUUCCAGUACAAAUUGGGAAUUGCUAUAUACCUACAAACUUCAUUGUUCUGAAGCUUGAUGAGGAAUCUAAAGACCCUAUCCUACUAGGUAGGCCUUUCUUGGCUACUGCGGGUGCAAUGAUAAACGUCCGAGAAGGGAAAAUAGAUCUGCACAUGGAUGAUUUGGUACUGCAAUUUAAUCUUGAGAAGGCGGCUAAAAAGCCGACCAUUGACGGCCAAACCUUCUGGGUUGAUACGAUCGAAGAGAUAGCAACCGAGAUCUAG